ACCAUUCAAACACAGCAGCGGGCUGAGAGGGAUGCUGCAAUUGCUCGAUUAGAACAAAGCCGAAUUGUUCUUGCUAUGAGAUUGGCCGAACAUCAUGGUAAGAAGUACAAAGUCAUUGAAGAAGCUCUGGCUUUUGUGGGAGAUGUACAGGGCGCAGGCCGCGUUCUUAUGCGGGAAAACCUUUGUGGUCAACCAUGCUGUCCUUCUGCUGAGAAUUUUGCAGCUGAUAAAGGAAGGAAAUCUAAUAUCUUUAUUAAUGUCUUCCUUUCAACUGUCAGUUUUGUGAAAAAAGCCCUCAGAUUAGAUAAUGUGAGUGGAAUAGUGGGCAACGCUGCUUUGGUUGCCGUUAGCGUGGUUGCUUUGCUACAUUUUCAUCACGUAGCUUAUCAGGAGCUUCCACAUAGGCAAGAAAAUAGUCUUCCCAGCAACAGAACCGGGCGAAGAAAAUUUCAACCAGAGGGGUCUUCGGCUAAUUCGCACUCCAGAAAUCUGGAUUUACUGCUGGCCAGGGGUUAG